CUUUACAGUAGAACGAUUAAAUAUCAGAAAAUAAUUGCUGUGACAAUUUAUGAAUUAAAACACAUUCGUUAACUGAAUUUACAACCGAUAUAUUGCGAACGUGUAUGUGUUUGGGAUUAAGCUGACGCUACAAAAUGAGCCCCGCAAUUCCUGCAUCUAAAGAACGAUAAAUUAUCGACGCCAUACCAACGGGUGCAAUGUCUAACAAUACAAGCCUGGGAAAUGAAUCACUCAGCGACUGGUACUCAUCGAUUCAACAGGCCCUACCAACGGUCGGUGUAAAUUUGGAUGGAGAAUACAGCAAUUUUACCGGAUAUCUAGGACCGCAACGUGAUUCGCUGUACGUGGUCAUUCCAAUAACGUUCAUCUACAUGCUGAUUUUUAUCACUGGCGUUAUUGGCAACAUUAGCACUUGCAUUGUUAUAUCGAAAAAUAAAUCACUGAAAACUGCCACGAACUACUAUCUGUUCAGUUUGGCGAUUUCCGAUUUUCUACUAUUACUGUCCGGAGUACCGCAGGAGAUGUACAUGGUAUGGUCAAAGUAUCCGUACGUUUUCGGUGAAAUGUUUUGCGUGCUACGAGGAUUGGUAGCCGAAACCAGUGCAAAUGCAACGGUGUUAACAAUAACAGCGUUCACCGUCGAGCGAUAUGUUGCGAUUUGUCACCCAUUUCUGUCGCACACGAUGUCGAAACUGAGCAGAGCGGUCCGUUUAAUUCUAUUAGUUUGGGUGAUUUCGAUCGGUUUCGCUAUACCACAAGCUCUGCAAUUCGGCGUCGUCGAACAUGGUGGAAUCGAACAGUGUGUAGUUAAGAACGUAAUUAUCGAACAUUUGUUCGAAUUGUCUACGUUCCUAUUUUUCGUGGCCCCGAUGUCAUUGAUAACCAUUCUGUAUGUCUUGAUUGGCUUCAAAUUGAGAUCGUCUAGCUUGAUGCCGCGUACGAAUGGUGUAACGAUUCAGCGACGGCCGAAUGUGAGCUCCUUUCGGCAGCAGAAUACACAAGGAACGAGACGCGUUCUCAAGAUGUUAGUUGCUGUUGUGGUAGCAUUUUUUUUAUGCUGGGCACCAUUCCACGCACAGCGUCUUGUCGCAAUCUAUGGAAAUUUAGAAGAUCACAUGGAAAUUUACAAUGUUAUGACCUAUAUAUCAGGUAUAAUGUACUAUGUGUCAACAUGCAUCAAUCCACUUCUGUACAAUAUUAUGAGCAACAAGUUCCGAGAUGCAUUCAAGGAAACGUUGGCGAAAUGCUGCCAAGUGUCAGCGAGACAUUACGAUAAAAAGCGCGCCUACAGAGUAUUAUCGAGGAGUCAGCGAAAGCGGUAUGGACCUCAAGAGUCUACCGAAUAUUCAGGAAGCUCAGUGCGCGAUGAAAGCCUCUACUCAACCGUUACUCAAAAGCAGUCCUUUGAUUCAGUGACACUGCCGCGUUCUCAAGCUUUAAAAAUUGCUCAACUAAGGAAUAUGCAUUCAAAUGCCUUUGAUUCAGCCUACAAGGUAGCAGCAGACAAUACAGAUCGAUUUAUGUCCGGAUAUCAUACAUCAAAUCAAUUCGGCGAUACAAAUAAUCAACACCGUACAGACUAUGUGUACGACAAUUGUCCAGAGCAUUUAGUUGGGAAUAGCAGCGCACAAUGUAACCAACAAUCAAAUUCAAUUAAUGCCAUUAACAAAAUGGAUUUACCAUCUGACGAUGAACGGUAUAACGUUGUAUUCAACAAAAAGGACGACGUUAAAAUUUCGGUAGUACGUGGCGUUGCUAAAGUGAAAACGAAUGAUCGAUCGAGAGUAUUUGGGUUUUUCAAAAAUAUUUUCAAUUGGAACAAAGACUCACGAAAUGUCGGUUAUUAUAGUCCUCCGCUAGAACAUAGAAGUGUCGACGCCGGUAGAAAAGUUGUGUCCAUUGAGAAGGAUAUCGUGCAUGAAGUUGAUGAGAAGGAUCGACAUCACGACGCGAUUUCCAUCGAUGACGGUAACAUAAGUAAUUGUAGUUUAAAGAAUUUCGAUAAAAACGCUUUCGAAGACGAAUUAGAGAUUUAUAUGGCGGAGGUAAGACUGAGAGAGAAAAGGUGAGAAUACGAGUACAAGUGCAACUGAUUUAGGAGGGUUGUUUGAAGCGAUUAGAAUCGAAACAAACAGCACAAUGCAACCGUACUUGAAACACAAUUUAAUUCCAAUUCAUUUGCAAUUUCUAAAGAACUGUUCAGUCAUUAUAAUCGUACCCAUGAGUCAGAACUGCCAUUCAAUAAAUUUUUAAUUUGUGAUUUCAUCGCAAAAAUUCAAUUUAAUUGACAUCGUUUUAUGUACACACUAAAGUGUAUUACGGCGCUUGUUUUUAAAUUCAAGUACGGUUGUUAGCUCACCUAAAUGUUGACACUUACCAGUAGAUCGAUAACUUGCACAGUGAAUUAAAAAUGUAUAGUUGUACCAAAGUUAAAGUUAAUAUUGACCGGCGGGAAAAACCACUCAGGCAGAAUAAGGCAAAAAAAAAUACCUAAGUGGUUUUCCCAGCCGAUGUGAAUAUAUAUAUGUAUAAGAUGUAAUGCAUCAAUAACCUUUUCGAUGUAAGUCGUUCAAAGGGUUAGUUUUAAUCCGAAUUAACGGUUUCAGUUCGUCUACGUAUACAUAUAUUGAAGAAAUCAAUCAGAAAUUUUCAAAAUUUACGAUAUAAUGUUAAUUGAACGAGCAUCGUUUCUGCAUGCCUAGAAUUUUUUUUUUCAAAUGAUUAUUACAAGCUAAAUAGUCUAAUUAUGGAACCCCAUCAAACCCAUAUCACGUUCGUUGUAGGUAUUUAAAAAAAAAAAAAACAAACAAAAUUUCUCUGGGCAAAACGCAUGAAGACUUAACUGUAAAGAAAACUACGUUGAUACACCAUAAAACACCAGACCUAAAAUGACUGUAUGACCUGUUCGUUUUUCGGGCAAGACAUACAACGCCUCGAACAG